AUGGGGGUGUGCUUCAUCGUGAAGGUGACAUUUGAGCGAAGACUUGGAAGAGGCCGGGCAGCCCCGGGGAAGGGGCGGGAGGCGGUCCCCUGGGUGGAGACAGGCCUGAGCUCCCAUCCAGGCCUUCCCCGCGCGGCCUCCAUUUCUGCCAGCCUCUGUAGGCCCCCGCUGAGUGAUGGGGGCGGGGGUCUGAGAACGCAGCUGAGACACAUGUAUCGAACUGAAAUCGAAGUUUUCCGCGACGGGCCUCGGAGCCCUGAGGAAGGCCUGGAGGGGCUGUUACCCUAUAAGGGAAACUGGUCAGGAGGCCUGAGCUCUGAGUCCUGUCAAGGAAGCUCUAGGAAGCGCCUGCAAAUCCCGAAGUCCAGCUCACAGGAGCUGGUGCACAGAAAGAACCCGACCCAAGGGAAGGGGCUGAUGGGAGGGCUGGGGGUGAGGGACUUUGGGGACUGGGGAAACCCGAGGUUCAGGGAAGCCAUCAGCGAAGUAAGAUGGAAACUGCUCGCCUUGCCAGGAGCUUACUCACACGACUGGGAUCAGCCAGGCUGUUAUUGCACAUGUAAUGGAAGAGAAAGUGCUUCCACUGCUCAUUCCACAGCCAAACCACAGACCCUGGCAACUCCUCGCCUCGGAGGCAACAAAGACACAUUCACAGGGCUUGGCUCCUUUCUUCUGAAUCCUACACCUCAAGCUAAAGAAGUCUGUCACGCGAGGCUGGCCUGCUGGGAGCAGCUGGGAAGUCCGUCCUUGGCUGUGCCCAGCCGCCCUUCCCUCAGUCGCCUUCUCCUGAGGGCCCUCACAUCCUUGGCAACCACAAGACUGUUCUCUAUGUCUGCAAGUCUGUUUUUGUUUUGUAGAGCGAUGGUGAAUGAGCUUUUCCAGCCACAAGGGUACUACAGAUGGCAGCAGGAAGGUCACCAACCCUCUGACCUUGGAAGAACUCUGAGGAAGAAUGCUGGAACUUUAUAGGAGGAUGUCAUUUUAUCUGUAGCUCUUCCCACAAUUAACAUCUGUUCUUUAGAGACCAUAAGACGUUUUUCAGUUUAAUUUCAAGCUUCUGACAACUGUGAGAAAAUUUCACCGUUUUACAACCUAAUCAGUGGUCUGAGCUUUUGAUUAUUUGAUGACUAGAAUGUUUCAUGAAGAAGGAUUUUAGAUAGAAGGUUCACAUUCACUUGUAUUUCAACUGAGUGGUUGGAAAUUCAGCAAAAUUCAGUGCUGUCACAUCUCACAAUGAAUAGAUUCAAUUUGACAGUUGGUAAACAUUUGUUCCCUGGAUUUCAAGUCUUAAACUUUCAAAGUGAAAAAUAAGCCUUGUGUUGAAAUGACUGACUGUUAUUUCAUGGAAUCUAAAGGACCCAUGAAAAUGCAGAGGUGAGAGAAAGGAGGGUGUUUGGUGUGAGGAGGGAGGGUGUUCUGGGAUAAAGAAGGUAACUUCUAAGAGGCAGGCAGAGGAAGGCAGGAUGCUAAGGGGUCCAGGUCAGAUUUCAUCCUGAGUCAGUGCUUGUUGGCCUGGUCUGAGUCCUGGGGCAUAGGUGCACUCAGGGUUUCGUGGAAGUUUGUUGAUUCCAGUCUUGGGACAGGAAAAGCAGUCAGGCUGACUUGAAACAUUUUGUUGCUGUGGCCGAAAAACAAGGAUCUUUCAAGAAUGUCAAAGCAAUGCUUAAAGGAGUUUCUAUUAGCAAAGAUGUGAACAUCAAACAAUAAAACCAGUUAUGGAGAAUUGGUAUGGGGUGAGUCUGUGAAGGCUAUGAGUUCAUAAUAAUACUCUAAAGCAAUCUAUGUAUAAAAUGUAGUUAUAAAAGAAAAGUGAAUAUAUUUUUGCUGUUCAGUUGCUAAGUCAUGUCCAACUCUUUGAGACCGCAUAGACUGCAGCAUACGAGGCUUCCCUAUCUUCACUAUCUC